GCGCGCGACGGAGUUCGGAGCGCUGGAGGCGGCGGCAGGUGGCGCGGGAAGUCGCGGCGCGCUAUGGGGCUCCCGGCACUGCUGGCCAGUGUGCUCUGCACCUUCGUGCUGCCGCUGCUGCUCUUCCUGGCCGCGAUCAAACUCUGGGACCUGUACUGCGUGAGCAGCCGGGACCGCAGCUGCACCCUCCCUUUGCCCCCUGGAACUAUGGGCUUCCCCUUCUUUGGGGAGACAUUGCAGAUGGUGCUACAGCGAAGGAAGUUCCUGCAGAUGAAGCGCAGGAAAUACGGUUUCAUCUACAAGACGCAUCUGUUCGGGCGGCCCACGGUGCGGGUGAUGGGUGCAGACAACGUGCGGCGCAUCUUGCUCGGGGAACACCGGCUCGUGUCGGUCCACUGGCCGGCGUCGGUGCGCACGAUCCUGGGCUCUGGCUGCCUCUCCAAUCUGCACGACUCCUCGCACAAGCAGCGCAAGAAGGUGAUUAUGCAGGCCUUCAGCCGCGAGGCGCUCCAAUGCUACGUGCCGGUGAUCGCAGAGGAAGUGGACAGUUGCCUGGAGCAGUGGCUGAGCUGCGGAGAGCGCGGCCUCCUGGUUUACCCCCAGGUGAAACGCCUCAUGUUCCGCAUCGCCAUGCGCAUCCUGCUGGGCUGCGAGCCCCGGCUGGCGAGCGGCGGGGAAGCCGAGCAGCAGCUGGUGGAAGCCUUCGAGGAAAUGACCCGCAAUCUUUUCUCCUUGCCCAUCGACGUGCCCUUCAGCGGGCUCUACCGGGGCCUGAAGGCGCGGAACCUCAUCCACGCUCGCAUAGAGGAGAACAUUCGCGCCAAAAUCUGCGGGCUGCGGGCAGCCGGGGCGGGAGGGGGCUGUAAAGAUGCGUUGCAGCUGCUGAUCGAGCACUCAUGGGAGAGGGGAGAGAGGCUGGACAUGCAGGCACUAAAGCAGUCUUCAACAGAGCUCCUCUUUGGAGGACAUGAAACCACGGCCAGUGCAGCCACAUCUCUCAUUACUUACCUGGGGCUCUACCCACAUGUUCUCCAGAAAGUUCGAGAGGAGCUGAAGAGUAAGGGUUUACUUUGCAAGGGCAAUCAAGACAACAAGUUAGACAUGGAAAUUUUGGAACAGCUUAAAUACAUUGGAUGUGUUAUUAAAGAGACCCUUCGACUGAAUCCCCCAGUUCCAGGAGGGUUUCGGGUUGCCCUUAAGACUUUUGAAUUAAAUGGAUACCAGAUUCCCAAGGGCUGGAAUGUUAUCUACAGUAUCUGCGAUACUCACGAUGUCGCUGACAUCUUCACCAACAAGGAGGAAUUUAAUCCUGACCGCUUUCUCCUGCCUCACCCAGAGGAUGCCUCCAGGUUCAGCUUCAUCCCAUUUGGAGGAGGCCUUAGGAGCUGCGUGGGGAAAGAGUUUGCAAAAAUUCUUCUCAAAAUAUUUACAGUGGAGCUGGCCAGGCAUUGUGACUGGCGGCUCCUAAAUGGACCUCCUACAAUGAAAACUAGUCCCACCGUGUACCCUGUGGAUGAUCUCCCAGCAAGGUUUACCCGUUUCCAGGGGGAGAUCUGAUGGGUGGGAAUACCCAGACCUCGGACUUAAUCGAAGUGUACAUAGGACUUUUUACAUAGCGUCCUGUUGAUUUUAUUAUAUUUAAUUUCUAAAUGUAUAUUAUAAUAUUUAUGUCUCUUCUACAGUACCACAGCCUUUAAAUAUGAAAAUAAUGAAUGUGGAUAGCUUCCAAAUAAAGUAAAAUCUGAAGGUG